GGCGAUUUUUAGCCAUAACGCACAAGACUAGUUGAAGGACGCGCCGUCAUCAUGUUUGACUGCAUGGACGUGCUGGCCGUGAGUCCCGGGCAGAUGCUGGAUUUCUACACGUCCAGCCCGUCCUCCUGCAUGCUGCAGGAGAAGGCUCUGAAAGCCUGCAUCAGUGGACUGGCGCACAGAGAGUGGCAGCACCGCCGGAGCGCUCACUGUAGGUCCAACUUCUCCUCAUCUGUUAUUAUUGUUGCUGUUGUGGUAAUUGCCUCACUCAGAGCUGUGAGGAUGAGCUGCGCCGGUGCAGGCUGAGUCCACGAGCCACACGACUCACAACAAGUUGCCAUAAACGGCCUCCAGGUCUGAGAAUUACUGAAGAAGUGGGGAUCAGACAACGAAAAGUCUCUUUUGCUCAAUUCAAAUCAGACUAAUUAGGGAAUUAGUUUUUAUAAGAGUUGUAAGAAAACUCUUGGAAGCAGGGCUCAUGAAAGCAUCACAGGCGCUUCAUAAAAAUAUUAGAUGUAAUAAUUCUUAGUAAACACACAGGGAGAACAUUUCUGGAGCAGCGUCGUGGCAUUAAGUGUAAUUUUCUAGUGCUUGUCUGAUAAAAAAAACAAAACAACAAGUUUGUUUUGAUGGUAGCCUCAGUGGGAAGCUCUCCAGCACCUUCUCCCAAACGUCAUAUUUCACUCCUACCGUGCGCCCGCAUACAUCCUCAGCAGUGGCAGCAGCUGCGACCUGCUGAUGUAUGACUUGUCUCAGAUCAGCCCAGUUCAGAGAGCAGCAGACUGGAGGAAUGCAGAGAGUAAACACAGGCGGCGUUUCCACACCUCCUCCCCCGGCCGCACAUGACAGGAGGGGCGGCCUGACGAGCCGCGACCUGCGCUCUCUGACACUGAUUUUGAUAAAUGACCCCGCGGACUUUUCAACAAGAUUAGCGGGCUGCUAUCGGAACAUGUCAGCCUCUUGCGUUUUGAAUUGGCCAAGGCUGAUAGAUGGACUGCUGCUAGUUUUUGUCCAGGAGACUAAGUGGGUGCUUUAAGGACAGCUGCAUUCCUAGGAAUAUUGGAAGUGAUUCCUCCUUUGGGAAAAACCAUUGAAACGCAGAGCACCAGUUCUGAGGAGCUCGUCCCCAGCCCGCCGUCCCCGCCACCCCCUCCCAGAGUCUACAAGCCCUGCUUCGUCUGCCAGGACAAGUCCUCUGGAUACCACUAUGGUGUCAGUGCUUGUGAGGGCUGCAAGGGUUUUUUCCGCCGAAGCAUCCAGAAGAACAUGGUGUACACGUGUCACCGGGACAAGAACUGCAUUAUCAACAAGGUGACGAGGAACCGCUGUCAGUACUGCCGCCUGCAGAAGUGUUUCGGAGUAGGAAUGUCCAAAGAGUCUGUUCGAAAUGACCGGAAUAAGAAGAAGAAGGAGAGCCCAAAGCCGGAGCUGGCAGAGAGCUACGAGCUGACAGCCGAGCUGGAGACCAUCAUUGAAAAGAUUCGUAAGGCCCAUCAAGAAACCUUCCCCUCCCUCUGCCAGCUUGGCAAAUACACCACGAACUCGAGUGCAGACCACCGUGUGAGGCUGGACCUGGGCCUGUGGGACAAGUUCAGCGAGCUGGCCACUAAGUGCAUUAUCAAGAUCGUGGAAUUUGCCAAACGAGUGCCUGGCUUCACAGGGCUGACCAUCGCGGACCAGAUCACGCUCCUGAAAGCUGCCUGCCUGGACAUUCUGAUCCUGCGCAUCUGUACAAGGUACACCCCCGACCAGGACACCAUGACCUUUUCAGACGGGCUGACCCUCAACCGAACGCAGAUGCACAACGCUGGCUUCGGCCCACUCACCGACUUGGUGUUCACUUUUGCCAACCAGCUGCUGCCCAUCGAGAUGGACGACACGGAGACAGGCCUCCUAAGCGCCAUCUGUCUCAUCUCCGGAGACCGUCAGGACCUGGAGGAGCCCUCCAAGGUGGACCAGCUCCAGGAGCCACUCCUGGAGGCUUUGAAGAUCUACGUGAGGAAGCGUCGGCCCAGCAAACCGCACAUGUUCCCCAAAACCCUGAUGAAGAUCACGGAUCUGCGCAGUAUCAGCGCUAAAGGAGCAGAGCGGGUCAUCUCUCUGAAGAUGGAGAUACCGGGUUCCAUGCCGCCACUCAUCCAGGAGAUGCUGGAGAACUCGGAGGGCCAAGAUGGCCAGAGCAGCAGUAGCAGCAGCAACAGCAGCACUUCAGCUGAGGCGGGGGCGAGCCCCAGCAAUAAGGGCAGCCCCAACGAGGACGCCGCUGCUGUUGAGUCGCCAGAGUCCUUGGACACCGAGGGGGCUACAGCCACACCACCCAGUGACGAGCCUUAGGGUGCCAAGCCCUAGGGUGCGUUUCGAAACUCUCUCUGACAUUCCUUUGCACAAAAAAGGAACAGCCGGACAAGGUGCCGACCCCCUUUGACCCCUCUACCCACUCCUUUGCUUGGUAUUACGUUAUCUUUAUUUCCUCGUCCUAUUUUUCGCCCCCAUUCCUCUAAAAUUCCUUCCUUAAAAAGAAAACGUCAACACGGAGGCCUCAAAGGAUCAGUGCUUUGUGUAUAAUUCUGAAUUGAGCUCUUAUUUGGCGUGGUGUCUCUGGGACAGGGACUGUGACAGGGAGGGCGUGGCACUCGCAAACCGCCAGAGAUGAUACUCCUCAGGUCUCCUGUGUAAAUUCUUAUCUGCAUGACGGGAGUUUGAUAAGUGGUUUUACUCCUCUCUCUCGCUCUCUUUCUCUCUCUCUCUCCCUCUCUUUCUCUGUCCUCAUCUCUUUUCAUCUCUCGUAUUGUUGGCAUAUGUACAUUGUACAUAUCAUUGUAUGGUUAGAUCUCAAUGAUGAAUUUUGUGGUGCUUUUUUCAUUGUCUUAAAUAUUAUCUGAGGCGAUACAUCAAGGUUUAAAACUGGACUACCUGCAAGUCCUUCAAAAAGUUAUUUAGAAUGUUAUUGCAUAUAGUUAUUAUGGAAGUCUAAUAUUUUCUAUUUGUUCCACUAUUUAAAACUGUUUUUGUCUUUUAUAACACUUAUUGGUUCAUGUCUCUACAUGAAUGAGUGUACAUCCACACCGCCAGAAUGCAAAGCUUCUCUCCAUACUGACAGUCAGUAUGGAGACAGUUCAACUGUUUCCUCAAAGGAGGGAAGCACAACAGCAGAAGCCUUUGAUACACACUCAUCAGAUUGACCACGUCUGUUUAACUCUUAGUCUCAACAGGAACUGCAGAGACUCGACGUGCGAGAUUAGAUUUAGAAUGAGCCAGUCUAUGAAAUCAACUCAUUUGGUGGCUGUAUCUCCUCAGUGAAUCAGUUUACCUCACUGUCAAAACAAAUUGUGAAAAUUAGGUUGCUGAUAGAUGCCAGAGAUAUUUCUGCAGCAGGCUGUGAUCACAUAGGAUACUUUUUGUAUCCAUUUCCCUGUUCCCUUCUACUUUAACUGGACCAUGAUUCAUCUUAAACUGUGUUGCACUUUAUUAUCAUCAUCUGGUCAGUUAAGAAGUUUAACAAGUUUAAAAGCCAAUGUUGUGCCACAAUUUAUUUCCCCUAAAAAAUCAGUUUCCCCGAGGCAUCACGCUUAUUUUUACUGGUCGCAAACCGCAACUGUCUAUGAGGAAGGUGUCUGGCUUCACAUUAGUCUACUUGCUAUUUAUUUAUCUAAUUUCCACCCACAUGAUUUUGUUGUUCAGUGGAAAAAUUACCAGUACGAGAGGGAAACCAAUUUUUUAGAGACACAAGGGAAUAUAAAUGUUGGCGCAACAACAAUGAAACCGAGAGCCGAUGAAAAUAAAUCCUUGAAACGGACAUCAUGUAUCCACGUUCUCUCUUUCCAGACUGGCAUGUUGCCCUCCUGUUAGCAAACGGAGCCAGCACUGCCUGGUGUAAAUUGAGUCUAUGUAACUUUUGCUGAACAGUGGCCCAAGAGGCAAGUAGGGAUAGUGGUAAAUGCUAAAACAUAGUCUAACAGUAGAACAAAGAGAAGAAAGUCACAAAGUCAUUGAACUGACUCAAUUUCAGUUACACACAACAAUCUUACGUUAGCUUACAUUAGCUAGCAUAAGACAGCAUAAGCUUCCGGUCAUACCAGCACAAGGCUGUAGCAGUAAAACCCCUGAGCAGUGAACUUAGCAAGGGUGUUUUAUUGCUUAUGAGAUUAGCUUUUCAUUCGUAAGAGAAUGAAUGUGCUAAUUCUGCUUUCAAAAGUUACAUAACCUCGCUCAGGUUUAAAAUCCAGUUUUGUUACAACUUUGGUAUUUUCUUUUUUUGUAGUUUUGGUCAUUAGUUAUGCUAAUCUUACCACAGUAACUGUGCUAAGGUCUGGGAACACAACAACAUAGCUUCAACCAAGCCUGAUGGGGAAUCAGACAGGUUGUAAAGAAGCCAACAGUUUAGCCAGAUUAUCAAAAACCCUGGGAGUAAAAACAGAAAGUGAACACGCCCGAAAUGUUGCUAAUUGCACAGGAAAACUGUUCACAUGCACAACUACGGAAAGUAUGGCAGGUCAAAGUAAAACCAGAAAGUCGUCUGGUGAUGAAUGUUUACCACGGACAGUUUGGGUCAUAAUUUUAGCAUUCAUCUUUGAUUUGUCUUCAAAUAGUUUGCCUAACCUGUCUGACCGUUUGACUUCUUUUUAGCAAUGUUGCCGUGUUCCCAGAUCUCAUUAAGCAAUUAAGUUGGUGAGUAGUGUUAUAAACUAUACCCAAGUUCUAAUAAACCAGAAUCAUCCUCUAAGUUAUGACAUUAAAAGAAAACUACAGUUUAUUACAACUUGGGUUUCAUUUUUGUGUUAUAAUUUCGUGUUAUAAUAACAUUGUACUCACCGAAGUAAUUAAUGAGAUCUCGUAAAGUGGCGACAGUGCUAAAAAUAGGUCCAACAGGGCAACAAACAUGAGCAGUCAGACAAUUCGUUUUAAACAAACCCCACGUUAGCCAAAUUUAUUUUGGAAAGAAAAAGAAAACGGUAAAAUUAUUACCCAAACAGAACAGACAAACUUCCUGGUUCAACUUGGACCUAUCGUACGUAACAUAGUUAUGCCCGCUCAAAGUUUUGCUUGUGUAAUAAGGAACUAUUUGUCAUGUAACAGGUGCACUAACUUUGGUUUUGCUUUCAAAUAAAGCAGUAGCUAAUCUGGCAAAACUGUUGGCUUGUUUACAACCUGUCUGAUUGUCUGACUGAUUGUGGUUCUUGCCCCAUUGCACCUAUUUUUAGUGAUGUCACCAUGGUCCAAGCGCACAGCUAUUACUUUGGUGAGUACGAUGUUAUCAUAACCUACAGAAAUCAUGGCCAAAACUACAAAAAAAAAGACCCAAAUUGUAAUAAACCGUAAUUUUUCUGUAGCGCUUUUGUUGCUUUAGGUCGCAUCUAACACUCCUUGUACCCUUUAAAUUUUUGCUUUCUAUGUUAACUAGCAGUGCUAGGUUUUGGGUUUGAGCUUUCAGUCUGAUCACAGCCUAAGGUAGCUUUGACUUUUCAAAAACUGCCUGAAUGUCAGCCUAAUGAGUGUGUAUCUACCACUAAUAGCAUGUACAACCAACCGGGCUCUACAAAUGCACAUGGGCUCUGUUAUGGCCUUAUGAGCAGAGCUCCUCAACCCGCUUUUCUCCUUUCCUUUUCAGAAGUGUCUUGUUUGAACCGGUGAAACACGGGGGCAAUGCAAUCCUUAAAACACACUGAUGACGAUUGUACACUAAUGUAGAAAGCACACGGUGGGAUGGGAUCCACAAAUCCUCUCCGAACGUUCGCCUUGCUCUUCAGACUUGACAGUGUAAGCUACAUUUAAUGAUGCAGAAUGAGAUUCCACAUGACCUUUCAACCCCCUGAGAAGUGCAGACGAGUAAAGCUUCUCAUUGGACAGUAGAUCCGACUGAGCUCUUAAUUUCAUUGGCAUAGAAGUAGGCAGCGUGUCUUAGAUCAGAUGAGGUGGUCCUGCUGAAAUUAAAAGAUGAUCCUAGAAAACUGCUUUUCUCCACAGCUGAGGUCACACAUGAUACUGAACAAUAAGAAACAAACUCCAUUAUAUCCUCCUAUAGGACCCAGAUCCCUCACUACCCUGCUGUCCCUGCUGGCUGAAUAACGGCUCCAAUAUAUCAAGUGGUCGUUCAUUUACAGCACAGGACAAACUAACUGUAGCACUUAAAAAUGUUGAACCAUUGAAAUGUAGCUGUAAUACUGAAACUGAACAAUAUGAAGGCAGUAGAACCUCUGCAACCAAAUGAGGAGGACAAAGUUCAGCUUUAAAGAAGUUAAGCACAAACGUUAUACAUCACAGAGAAUAGUGAUAUUAAACGGCUUUGGAAAUGCUUUCACACUGCUUUGUGAAAAGAUGUGUUUCUUCAUUUCGGAAAUGAUGCAGGAAGUACUGUAGGUCUGGAGCACUACAGAUGUCUCAGCCUUGGUUUAAACUAGUGAAGGUUUAUAAGCAGAUAUUUGUGCCAUCAGGUACUGAAUUUGGUUAAUCUGAAUUUGUGUUUCGUCAUUUCAAGCUGUAUAUCAAGUUUUGAAUUUAUUUGCAUUGACUUUGUAUAUACAGGUUUGAAACCAAACUGAAUUAAAUCUAAGUUCAAAGUGUGGUGCUACAGUGUAAACAAGUUUAGAUGAACCACAUGGAAUGAAUUGAUGAUAUGAAAUGACAUGAGAGUGAUAGGACAUGUUGCCAUGUUGUCAUUUUCAGAUGGGUGAAUUAGCUGAGUGUGUGCUGUUGCAUUUUAAGUUGAAUUUUACAAAUCUGAGUUCUUUAAAAUUUAAUUGAAUGUGAAAUACUUCUACGGCCUUCUUUGUGUCAGGUUUGACAGUUCUUUCCUAACCUUGGAAACAGCAGUCGACAAAACAAUCUCAAGGUCCACUUGUUCUGGAGCUUUUGACCCUAUCACAUGAUCUUCAUCAGCAGAUAAAGUUUGCUUAGUUGUCAUGGAACUAUAGAUGUUCAAAUUUUCCAAGAUUCUGAGCAGUUGUAGGACUUGUCAUCCAUGUUGGCUAAGAAAAAAUAGUUAGACAUUUUGGGAAAUGCACUUAUUUGCUGGAGCCAGGACUUAGCUUAGCAUAAAGACUGGAGAGAGCCUGUCUAACUGUUUUCCCGUUUCCAAAGUUAAAAAAUAUCCCUAGUUCAAAAAUGCGUUCAUGGCUUAACCUUGGAAACAGUAGCUGAGAAGUUGGGUUAUCAGAAUUUAUUAAAUUGUCAAAACAAUAUUAACUCAAGGUCAACUUACUCACUUGUUCUGGAGCUUUCAGCCGCAUCCCACGUCAUCAGAUGGACUAUCCGGAAUUACUCCCUAUUGCACUACAUUUACGUGCGCCCUUUUACGUGAGUGUCCGAAAUCUUUGUGGGUAAUAUAUGCGCUAUAUAGUUCAAUGUUCAAUAUCUCAAUUUACUGCUUACUAUAGAGCAAACCAUUGAGUGUCUGUUUUAUAGGGUUGUAGGGAAUUAGUGAUUUGAGACAGUGAUGUUUAAACCUUCGAUGAUUGUGAGCACUUUUGGGACUUCUUGUCCAAGCUGGCUUAAAGGUUAAGCUUUACAGUUCUUCUUGACCCUGGAAACUAAUUUAUAAAAUUAUUAAGUUUGAUGACACUUAGUUCCUUAAAUACAAAUGUGAAAACCUGAUGCAAAAUCAAACUUAAUAUGGCACCUGUUUUUUGGCACAAAUAUCUUCCCAUACAUGUUGUCCUAAACACCUCACAAUGUUUGCAGAGAUAUAAACUGUACAUGAAACUGUUGCAGUGACUAGAUGAGUCCUGCAGCUUCUUGCAUUUGAUCCGAAAUAGGAAAGUAAGACAACCCUUUAGGGCAGUGAAGGGUUCUGGGUCUCAGCAGCACAUAAUAAAAACCCAUUUGCAUUCCAUCCCUGCUCAGAAAUACAUAUCAUAAGGGAAAGCAGAGGUGUUUCAGUUUUUCGUUUUAACGUGUUUGAAUGUGAAUAAUGUCAUGGAGUCUGUCAGAAGAAUGAUAUGCAGUGUUAAGGAAUACAGACUUCUAUCUCAAUGUAACAUAGGAAAUGCUCUCCCUUGGUUCUCUCUGUCUUGCUCUCCUGGUGAGAGAUGAAGGGAGGCAUCUUGGUGUUUUUCUUUUUCUUGUUUUUGAAGCUGGAAAACCUUCACAGCCGAAGAAUGUCCACAUCUAACCCUGAAGCGUCAGGCCAGCCCUCAGGCACCUGACUGCAGCAGGGACUGUUAUCUGUUCCUCUAGGAAACAACUUCACAAUGCUGAAUUACUCUUGUUCAUUUCUGUUGAAUGUUGUACCGACGUAACUGUAAUACUCUACUAUCUAGCUCACUGCAGAGAUGUUAUAUAAAUGGUGUGUGCUUUGCAUUCCAAUUGGCAGCUCUGUGGAAAAGACGCUCUGUUAUUUGUCCUUGGGAACAUCAACAACUCGCAUCCAAGUUUAAAAAAAAAAAAAAAAAAGGGAGGAGGAACUGGAACUUGGUGGGCUGAUUUGGGCAUCCAGGCCGUACACAACACACACACGCACACACACACACACACACACACACACACACACACACACACACACACACACACGUAUGAUUUGGGACAAUGAGAACGAGAAGCCCAUGAGGGGAGAAAUGAACACCCAAGUCACCUCAGCGCCCAACAUUGUCAAUAUGUUCUGUUCUUGUUCCAUGUCAAACAACAGAGCUGCUUCCCCCCUCCUCAGCCAGGAAGCCAAUCAGCUGUCGUCAAUCAAUCAAACCCAAUCAAUCGACAGCUAUUUGGUUAACAGGUCAACUAAUGAACCAGGGUUCGACCGAUAUGGGGUUUUGAAAAUUGAUAGACAUUUUUAUAUAUUAUAUUAUGUGCCAAUAAUCAGUCCAAGGAAAAACUGAUCUUCAGAACAGUUUGAUAGCCUGGGGUGUUUUUUUAAGUGUAGCCCAUGUCCCUCAACCUGCCUAGUCUAUUAGGUUUCCCAGAAUGCCUUUCAACAACACCCAGACAACCACCCUCCACUGGGAAUUUCUUAAAGCUGCACUAAUCAAUAUUUUUAUAUUAACAAUGGAUCUAAUUACUAUGUAAAAUGUGAAAAGUGUCACUCCUACUGACAAACCCACGGAGAAAAAUCACCCAACUCUGCAGUCCUACAGAGUGUUUUAGCUACUUGUAGUGCUUUGUUUUUGUUUUAUAGCCCGCAACUUAACUAAACGCUCUCAUCAAGCUAGUUUCCAACUGCUGCGAGCAGCUGUUUACAGUGUAAAAGCUCUGAUAAAUCCACUGUACUGUUGUGUUCACAGCUUGUUCUGCUGCCCCCAAGUGGCUAAACAAUCAGUUAUUGCAGCUUUAAAGUGUGGUUACAUUUGGCCAAUUAUCUACAGAAAUAAAACAAUAAAUGUAUCCAAAAAUCAAAGUUGAAUUCAAAUCUGGCAUUUUUAAGAGUUUUGGGUGAAUUCUCUUUUUAAAUUUGAAAAUUUGAAUUGAAUGCCUCAAAUUUACAAAUACUUGUUAAAUCCCUGGAAUAUUACAGGAAGGGUAGUAUUUAGUGUCUAAAUACUCUCUAAGUAUUUACACUUAGACACCAGAAAUGAAAAACUGAAAGACUGUAAUACUGCAUUGAUGGCAUGUUAUUCUGACUUUGGAGUAUUCACGCAUUAUUCCAAGAUGGUUACCCCUUUGCUAGCCUUGUAGUCACACCAUAUAAGCCUAAUGAGCUAUUUUUAUUAUGUUGCAUAUUUUUAGUGGCUCGUUGACACAUGAAACAAACAUGUGUAGCUAUUUUUAAUUAGCUGAAUCAACUGAAUUAGAUUCAAUAAUGGAUUUUAUUUUGAUGUAACCAUAAGCGAUGGUGGCUUUGCAGCCAUUUUGCUGCCAAUUGCUUAUGUAAUUCUUUUCUCCAGGUGUCAGAAAUGACCAAUAUCUGACUCAAAUUUCAAGCAGCAGGCUGACAUGACGUUUUUUUCCACUCAUAAUUACAGUCUUAACAAAUCUGAAUCAUCUGAAUGACAUGAAUGCAACUAAUUAAACUGCCCAACAAAUUAAAACAGCAUUACAGGUAUAAAAACUCAAUAUCAGCCCCCCAUAUCGGUCUAACCCUAGAUAAAACACCUUACCUAGGAGCCAGAAAACAUGACUGUGAACCUCAAUAUCAAUCAUUAACAGUAACUCUGUUGUUGUCCAUGGAGGUGUUCUUGGUAGACAUCACAAACUGUCCACAGUCGCCUUUUUUCCAUCGGUAUCAGAGUACCUCACCACCAAUCAUAUGCAGUGUUGUAUAGUCGUGUUAAUAUGAGACAUGACGGUCACAUCUUACUGGCCAUGGGGGUGGAAGGGGCAGGGGUCGUUGUGGAUUUAUCCCAUCAAACCCUGUUGCCGGCCCAUAGGGUGAAGUCGACCUCAGGAGCUGCUCUGAGGUUUGAGCUUCAAUCUGUUUCAGCUCUCCAUUUUGAAUAUUGUCUUUGUUUGUACAUUAACAUAUGCUUUUUAUGUUCAUAUACUGUUUAACUUUACCAUGAACUGUCCUGGCAAAGUAAUAAAAUAUAUUUAUUUUAAAAUA